AUGCCUUUACCACCAUGGAUUUCUGGAAACAAGAGCAAAGCGCCGGCUCCUAGCCAUGGCUUCUUGUCUGGCAAUGGCAAAGUCCGGAAUCCCAAGAAACCCAAGGCUCGUCAGCCCAAAUCGUUGCGGGAGACCAUGCUCUUGCCGGUGAGAGCAUUGCCAGCAUAUUCCGGACCAUACUCUGUAGGAACCAUGGAGAUUGAAGUGCCUGUCGAGAAUCCUCGAACAUUUACCAACAUCACGCGAAAAGGAAAUCACGUACUGCAAUUGAAGACUGUGCUAUUGACAAUAUACUACCCGGCGUCUCCACCUCAGAAGAAACGGCCCUCUCGACAGUUAUGGCUAGGUCGGCCUCGACUCAGUAUGGCAACAGGUUAUGGGCAGUUCGCCAGCGUCGGACCUCUUGGUGUGGCAGUGUUCCUGCCCACAAUGUUCACAAAGCUUCCGGCAUUUCGAAAUGCUCCGAUAUCCUCUCAGUGGCCUCCUAAAUCGCCGAGCGAGCCUGGAGAAGCAAAUCAAAAGUCUGGUGAGACCACGGAGGACGAGGAUCCAGACGAAAAGGACGAGCCUACGGACGCUCCACCAAAGUUUCCUCUGAUGAUAUUCAGUCAUGGGCUGGGAGGCACCAAGACUGCUUACUCGAGUGUUUGCGGUGAGGUAGGCAAUUUCAGCAUCUCUCGUCAAGUGACGCGACUGACCUACUGUAGUNUCGCGAGUUAUGGGUUCGUCGUAAUUGCAUUGGAACAUCGAGAUGGUAGUGGGCCUCGGAGCUUUAUCAACCAACCUGGAACUGAUGAGGUCCGAUUCGACCAGGCUAGUGAGCGACGAGACCCACAGAAACAUCACAGAAAGCAUGAGGAUACGCACUACGACGUGGUUGUAAUACUGACAGCAGAAGACAACCCUAUGGAUACAAGCCCGACCAACGAUAAGGGUGUUGAUCGUGAACUUAGAGGAGGUCAGCUGGAUCUGCGCUUGGCAGAGAUCGAAGAGGCUUACAAGAUCAUACACAUCAUCAACGCCGGUAGAGGUGAAGAAGUUGCCGCGAAGAACAUGCGCCAGAAGGGCUACAAGGCUUCGAGUACUCACGGUCUAGACGGUGUCGAUUGGGCAACCUGGAAAGAGAGGGUCAACACUCAAUUCGUCAUUGCUGCUGGACACUCCUUCGGCGCGGCAACUGUGGUGGAUAUGCUGAGGCACGAGAAACGAUUCCACUGGGUUGCGCAAGGCAUUAUUUACGACAUCUGGNGGGUAAGUCAGAUACCUCCCAACCACAGAUCUGUAUUGACUUUGUUGCUUUACAGAAGUGGCACACGACCAGCAGCCGAGGAAGACCAGAAAAUACAAGCACCACUUCUUGCCAUCAACUCGGAAGCUUUCACAUACUGGCCAUCCAACUUCGACCUUGUAUCGAAUCUGGUAGAGGAAGCUCACCCAUGUCCAGCAUGGCUCAUGACUGUCCGUGGAACGAUACAUGUCUCACAGUCCGACUUUUCGUUAUUGUACCCUAACGUCUGUUCACUGCUUCUGAAGGCAAGCGCCGAUCCCGAACGGGCUCUGGAUAUCAACGUCAACGCAUCACUAGAGUUCCUACAGAUGGUGAUGCCAUCAAUACCACUUCGCAUCAAGAAGGCAUUCCCAAAUGAGGAGCUGUUGCAAACAGAGACUCAUCAUCUCGAGGAUAUCCCCCAAGUAGAUUUACACAAACCGAAAGACGAGAAGUGGACGGCUGCCAGGUUGCGCAUACCGCACGAAUUUACGUGGCGCGUGGCUCCCGGAUUGGCAAGAAAGAUGGCGCGCAGGAGGAUUACCGAGGGAGGCGGUUCACCAGAUGACGAGAUUUGGUUGCACUGCAAGCCGGUGGAAGGGACGGUCGAGAGAUACAACAGUACAGUAGACAAAAGGAAGGCGAAGGAUCCAAAAGAUGCGAAAGCAGCACCAGGUUCUGUGGGCCCGAAUGAAGGAACAAAGGAAGAACCGGGAUGCAAGGAAUGGAGAAAUUGA